AAGCCAACCAACCCUGGCGCGAAGCUCAACUUUGUGAUUCGAUUCACGGGUGACGGUGUCAGCAACCCUUGUUCCUACAAGAACGGGCAGUACUACAAUUCGUACGGCGGGGGCAAUCCCGAUGGCUGCACAGCAAGCGUUGCGGACGGUAAAACACUCACGAUCGUGUUCAGCAAUAACUAGCCGCGGCUCGAAUCGUAGCGUUUCUGGGCGAUUUCCUUUCUACAGUGUUUCUUUCUAGGCUUUAACAGCAAUGUUGGUCAAUACUUGACUAUGUGGAAAGACUUUCUUCUCAACAUCGAACCCCAUCUCGACGGACUUUUUGGAGGCGUUUCGGAUCUGCGCAAACUUCAACAUGGAUACCUGACGGCAUGCGGUACCAAUUAUUCUCCGCGAGGAGCUUUUUUUCGACUUGUAAGUUCUUUGCUGCUUUCUGUACAUUAUAUGCGGAUCUGCCAUGUGCGAUACCGCUACCUAGUGUUGCUUUCUCUUUUUCAAGGCGUCUUCUUAUCGGGCUCUGGGGAAGAAAUGCGUUCGAUGGAUGCUGGGAAGAGGCGGAGUGUACUGGUGGUGGUAUUGGCUGGUAAAGGUGCGGUUGGACGUUGGUGGCACAAGCAUGCAUGUGGUUGGGUGGUGUCAUCAUGGAUUGGGUUCAAGUUUCGGAUUGCUGUCAUGGGGCGUUCGGGGAAAUUCUGCUGGAGAUGCGGUGGUUUGCAGAUGGAUCUGGGCGGCCUGAGAUGGUUCGUGUCCAGUGUGCUAUUCCAUGGCCCACUCCUUUGAGCGAUCCAUUCGAUGAAACUGUCAUAACGAAAGCUCAUACUUCUUUUGCGGUUGCAUGUGUGAGUGAGCUGGACUACGUCCGCUGCUUGAGAUGGCGC